UCGUUUUCUAUUUGGAGUAAAGCAUCCAAAGCAUUGAAAAAUUUGCCCUCUUUUAUUUCGAAGUCACUUCGAAAACCCUAACCCUAUCUCCAGCUUCAAGCCUUGAAUUCGUUUCGCUUUUCUCAUCGAAGAUCGUAGUUUAAUUCUUUCUUCUUCUAAAUCGAUGGCGGCUAAACCACUUACAAGUGAAACGAUCGCCCUCACAGAAAAGAAAAUGGACAUGACUCUGGAUGAUAUCAUAAAAAUGUCAAAAAAUACUUCAAACAAAGGCAAGAAGCCGCAAAGGAUACCGAAUAAAAAUCAGAGGCAUGUGAGUAAUGCUGCCAAAGAUAAGGCUUUCAAAGUACGACAGUACAUGGACUCGCGAGCUUCUCUUAGACAGGGGGCUCUAGCUCAAAGAAGGUCUAAUUUCCGGGGGAACGGGUUUCCUUUUGCAGCUGAGGCUGCCCGAAGGGCUGCAGUUGCUCCAAUUUGGAAUAGAACUUUGAAUAAUAGCAGGGUGGCUAAUUUGAACAAACCAAGAAUUGGAGCACCACGUGUCCAAAGAAAGGCUGGAAAUGGAGGCUUUUCAGUGAAGCCACAGUGGCAGCAGCCGCUGCAGCAACAGCAUCAGCAGCAACAGCAUCAGCAGCAACAAGGAGAGCGACAAGGGAACACAAGAACAAAGCAAAAGCCUAAAACAUUGGAUUCCCUGUUUGCAAUCAUGAAGGAAGAGCGAACAAGGGUAUUUUCUUCGCAUCAGAACAACAAUGUAGCAGCCAAUGGUGGUGGGAGGCAAAGAAUGUCGUGGGGAAGAGGCCGAUUUGGCAAGUGAUGUUUUAGGUAUAGUUACGUAUGUUAGUAUAGGUUGUUUGUUCUUUCCAUCUUUCAUGAUACUGGUGCCUUGUUUUUUCACUCGAAUGUUGGAAAAUGUGACAAAUGUAGUAGGUUCAACUAAAACUGUGUGUAAUAAUGUAUGUCUUUAUUUCUGGUCUUUGUGGUCAAA